CGUUAUAAUCAAAACGCCUCAAAAUUUGCCUUGGCGGUGUCGCAGCACAGGGUCUUUAAAAUGGCUACGACAAAUCUCGCAAUCUUUCAAUCUUGUGCUGGCAACAUAUACACGCUGGAAACAGCCAAUCCAAUCCUAUUCUUGUUUGCGACUCAUUGCGCCCAUGUUAGGGUUACGGGUUACCUUCACAACGCUUUCUCUUUCUGUUAGGGUUACCGUACCCAUGUGCCCGUGUUGUCCGUGUUUUGUGAGCUGCUGCUUUGUGCUUCCGCGACUGGACUCUCGAGCAAAUGGCGACGCGACGAGCUCAGUACGACGCCCGCUUUAAAAAAAGUGCAAUUAUGAUGGCUGAGCAAAUCGGAAACUCUGCCGCGGCUCAACGGGUAGAUGUGACAGAAUCGACUAUCCGUGGGUGGAGGCUCCAGCGUGAAGUGCUCUUCAAGUGUGAACCCGGCCGAAAAGGCUUCCGCGGACCACGUUGUAGUACUUUUCAAGCAGCAGGAGAGUGGGCGAUGGCUCGAGAUAUUCCGGUACACAUAUCAGUGGCGCACACAACGUCUCAAGGUUCAAGAGGCUUCCUGCUCGUCAUACUUCAGGUCUUGCAGGCCACUCCGGGGCCCACGCCGGCUAAAGCGGACACGUUGGCGCGCGCUCGGAGGCUUCUGCUCGUCUCGCCACCAACAAACAUGGCGCCACCUCUGGGAUCCACAUCGUCGCCGGUGUUCCUGCCGCAACUUGAAAACAUUACUCGUGCCACAAAACUCACACCACUGCCUUCCAUUGGACAUUCAUGCUUUCACAUUCACAACUCACAAGAAGUGCUUAGGCAUUUUCCGACUUUUUUGGAAAUCGAUAUUCGCCCCAAAAAAUGGGGUGGGCGACGAUUGGGGGAUGGGCGAUGACUCGGGAUGUUACAGUAGUGAAUUUCUUGUGCGAUGCAUUACACGAAAUUGUAAAGGCUGGUUUGCACGCUCGCGAAUGCUUAGGAGCGUUACAGCCUCUCGGGAUUUCUUACGCAAUGUGGCGAGUUGGGCACGCUGGUACUGAGACAACAUAACUUGCUAACUCGAGUGCUGUGCUAGCGAGUCAUCGAUAAUGCUGUACGAGAAACAAGUGCUCUUCUUAGCGAGUGCUUUUAACGACACAGUGUUACCCGAACCUGGGAUGUGCUCUGCACGUGUGCCCUUAUAGUUUUCUUAGUUUCUUAUUAUUUUUGUAUAUAUUCACGGUGCAAAUGUAUUGGGCUUUUAAGUAUGAAUGUCGUUUUCCUCUCAUAAAUAUGUCUGUGUUGUCUGUUGUGCGCUGUUUUUCAUUGUGUGGUCUCUUAUGAAAGAACACGCUGGCAUCGUCUAUCGGGUGGAACGCUCGCCAUUUCCGUAUAUUUUUUUCUUUCUUUACUGGCUAGAAAUGUUUACUAUUUCUCUUCGAUUGUACAUACAUGAGAUGUCACGAAAACUGCAAAAUAUUUGCUCUAGUAAAAUGCAGUUCCAGAGAUAACUGACGCCAGUGUGUUCUACUGUUGCGAGAGCUCAGUCUUAAAGGGAAGCUGAAGCGGUUUUAAAUAUGAGAAAAAACACCUCAGCCUAGUUAACGAGACCUCAGUCAUCACGAAAAUCGUAUUCGUUUGGUCAUUUUCUGCACGGAUUAACCGGAAAAGCGCCUUCAUCGUAGCGCCGAAGCCACGCCUCUC